AUGGCUUCUGCUUUUCCUAAAUUACCUGGUUUUGUACCCACCUAAGAAUUAGAUGUAAUAUAACCAUUUAUCUAUUUAAGAAACCAAACUUCCGCAAAGUCUCAUCUAAUAAACAAGAUAAAAACAGAGAAAUCGUAAUCCAUUUAAAUUCUUACUUUUUUAUAGAAACAACUGCCAAAUAAGGAAUACCCAGUCCCUCAUAAAUAACCAAUAUAAAUACCAUCAUAAACAGGAAUGUUUAAUCCUGAUUAUUUAAGUACAACUCAUGCUAUGCAUUUACCAAAAGUAUACUCUCUAAUCAGUUAUAUUAUAAGAAUACAACCAAUGAUUCUGAAGAGCUCUAUUAACCAAGUUGGGUCAAGAUGGAUAGACAUGUUCUUAGAUUUAGUGGUUUCUUUAAAGAAGCAGUAGUUGAAUCAGCCCUAGAAAAUUAUAGAAUUCGCAAACUAACAAUAUUUUACUAUUUGGAAGAUCAUUCAAUUAGCAUUACAGAACCUAAACAAGAAAAUAGUGGUGUUCCCUAAGGAGCAUUUCUUAAAAGAUAAAAAGUAAAAUCAUUUUUCUUACUUAACAUAAAGGUUUUAAGAGCAGAUGGUUCAAAAACAUUCAUUAUACCAGAAGACUUUAAAAUAAAUUAAGAUAUUGAAAUAUUUGGCAAAACCAUUCGACUUUAUGAUUGUGAUCAAUACACAAGAGAAUUCUAUGAUGUUUCAUUAUAUCUUUUCAUUUCUAUAUUUAGGGUAUUGGACAACCAUAAGAACAAUCCUUUACUCCAUAACCAGAUUUCUUUGAAACCAAAACUAUGACGAAAUACAUUCCUUAGAAGGAUACAGUCAUGAAGGAUUAUUUGGAACAUAAAUUAGGAGGAGGAAAAGUUACAUCUUAAAAACAAUUCCUAGAAAAUGAUAGGAAAGUAAUAAAAAUGAUUUUCUACAUAAGGUUUUAAAAUUUUAUGUGUUUUCUGAUAUUGAAUAUGUCUUGCAUUAUUAUCUAGCAGAUGACACUAUUGAAAUUAAGGAAAUUAAUUCUGCUAAUUCAGGAAGAGUUCCAUUUCCAAUGAUGUUAAGAAGAUAAAAAUUACCACGUAAAUUCUCUCUCAAUCAACCUGGAUAAACUUAUGCUGAAGAUUUCAUAAGACCAUAGGAUAUUUAAUUUGGAUAACCCUUAAUAAUCUAUAAUAGAAAAUUCGCUAUCUAAGGUUGUGAUCCCUUUACUAGAAAUUAUUAUUAUGAAAAAUUUAAUGUUGAUUUUCCAUUAGGUGGCUAAGAAGAAUUAUAAAUGGAAUAAAGAUCAAGUAUGUCUCAUUUAUCUUAUAUUGUUAGAUAUUAUCAUUCCUCCUCAUAAUGGUAUUGGUGAUGAAUAAGAUUCCUUAGGAUAUAUUUAUAGAUUAUAACCAAAACCUCCUAAGAAGGAUUUCUUUAAAUGGGUUGAUAAUCAAGUAAAUCUGAGAUUUUUAGCUAUGUUCAACACUACUAAACCAGAAGAUAAAGAUAGGUUAUAUUUUAUUUACAAUUUAGAGUUUUUGUUAUUACUUACUUUUUAAAUGAUGAUAGUCUCUUAAUUUAUGAACCAACUGUUAGAAAUUCAGGUAUUUUUUAUUUUUAUUUAUUUUUAAAGGUAUUCCUGAUGGUAAAUUCUUGGAAAAAAGAAAAUACAAAAAUGCUUAGAAUAAUAAUGAAUUUUUCUCACCUAAAGAUUUUAUUGUAGGAAAUGAAAUUAUGAUUAAUGGAUGGAAAUUUUAAUUACUGGAUUGCGAUGAGUUCACUAAAAAAUGGUUUGCUGAAAAUUUUAAGUGA